AAUGUCAUUCUGAACCAUCGCAGCUCCAGAGCGGUUGUGUAGCAUAAACAUCCCUUCUGACAGUAUUUAGAAGGACUCAUUCUUUUACUGACAGGAACUUUGUGAGUAGCCUAUCACAGUCAAAAGCUGAAAUCAAAUCAGUUUUAAGAGACAAUCCAUAUUUUGAACUUGAUAAGAUUCAGUUAUCAGUCACCAGUCUUUCAGCUUCAGUAUUCAGAACUGGAAAACAGCCAAUUAAGCUAAAAUGCCUCUUAAGUUUUACAAAAACGAGAUCCUUACCGGGCGAUCUGGAGUUUAUAUUCUUCAGAAAUUUCUGGGAAAAGGUAAUUUUGGUGCAGUUUACAAGGGUUUAAAACAGGGAACAGAUGAAGCAGUGGCUCUGAAGUUUAUGGAUCGCCGUGACUCUGCUUUCGGAGAAGUCAUUAUAUUGGAACAUCUCAGAGAACUCCAGGCUCAUGAGAACGCCCUGAUUAAGUUCAUCGAUAACUUUGUUCACAAUGAUCGCAACUGUUUAGUGUUUGAGAUGCUGGAUAUGGACUUAUUUGACUUAAUGGAAAUUAGACAGAAAAAACCACUAGAUGUCAGUGAAGUUCGGGUGGUUGCCCGCGACCUGCUGGUGGGUCUGAACGCACUGAAGAAUGCUGGAGUGACUCACGCAGAUAUAAAACCAGACAAUAUUAUGCUGGUUAAUCACCAGUCGCAGCCUUUCAGAGUCAAGCUGAUAGAUUUUGGGCUUGCUAUAGAAACAUACAAACUACGGCGUUAUGAUACCAUACAGGUGUGUGGUUUCAGAGCACCAGAGGUGAACUUAGGUCUCCCUCUGACUGAAGCCAUUGACAUGUGGGCUGUUGCUUGUACACUGACCUACAUCUUUCUUGGAGAUCAUAUUCACAAUACUAUUUGUGAGUUUAAAAAUAUGAGGCAGAUCUUUAAGCUCCACGGUCUGCCUGACCAGGAUUUACUUGGCAAGGGAACGAAAGUGGAUCGCUUUUUCAUUUUUGACCAGUCAAACCAAACUUGGAGGUUUAAAACACCACAGGAGUAUACGGAGAGGAUAAUCAUCGAUGGCGACAAACAUGAUGUUGCGUUAGACUCUAUCGAUGACUUUUUAACAAUUCAUCCAGAAAUACAAGACCCCUUUGAGUUAGAAGAUCUGCAGGCUUUCGUAGACCUCCUGAAAAAGAUGUUUACAGUGAAUCCCUCAGAGCGGAUCACUCCAGAAGAAGCUCUAAAUCACAGAUUUAUAACAAUGAGCCACCUUCCUCCUACCAGCAAUAACUCAUAUGUGAUAUGGGCAUAUGAAAAAAUGAAAGUUUAUCGAAUGGAGAAAGAAGAACCGAGCAUAUCCCCUGAUUUCAAUGUAAGACAGACUGCUGACAGAAAAUCAGAUCUCUCUGAUUUCAAUCCAUCUGAUUCUGAUCUGUCGGACUCAGAUCUCUCUGAAUUAGAAGAUUCUGACUCUGAUCUGUCUGACUUUGAUUCAUCAGAUUCUGAUCUGUCUGACUUUGAUUCAUCAGAUUCUGAUCUGUCUGACUUUGAUUCAUCAGAUUCUGAUCUGUCUGACUUUGAUUCAUCAGAUUCUGAUCUGUCUGACUUGGAUACAGAUGAAGAAUCUAAUGAGCCAGCGAACACAUCAGAUUUUCAACUCCUUAAGAUUCAGGACGCUAAUUUAUCAGAUAUGAAGUUGCACGAUCCAGAACUGGAAGGCAGCAGAAGAGACAGACUAGAUGAAACAUCUUUUGAAUUAUACAAAGAUCAAACAAUCACUGGGGAAUCGGGAGUUUAUAUUAUUCAAAAAUUUUUGGGUCGUGUUGCUUUUGGACAAGAGGUCAAGGGUUUAAAACAGGGGACAGAUGAAGUCGUGGCUCUCAAAUUUAUCCACAAAGACAACAGUGAAUCAGCUACCGCAGAAGCCACUAUAUUGAAACAUCUCAAGGAGCUCCAAGCUGACCAGAAGAACCUGAUCAAGUUAAUCGAUCACUUUGAAUUUAAUGACAGCCUCUGUUUAGUGUUUGAGAUGCUGGACAUGGACUUAUUUGGUUUACUUAAAACGAGAGAGUGGGAACCACUAGAUGUCAGUGAAGUUCGGGUGGUUGCCCGCGACCUGCUGGUGGCUCUGAACGCACUGAAGAUUGCUGGAGUGACUCACGCAGAUAUAAAACCAGACAAUAUUAUGCUGGUUAAUCAUCAGUCGCAGCCUUUCAGAGUCAAGCUGAUAGAUUUUGGGGUUGCUAUGGAAACACACAAACUAUGGCGUUGUGAUACCAUACAGGUGUGUGGUUUCAGAGCACCAGAGGUGAACUUAGGUCUCCCUCUGACUGAAGCCAUUGACAUGUGGGCUGUUGCCUGUACACUGGCCUUCAUCUUUCUUGGAGAUUAUAUUCACAAUACUAUUUGUGAGUUUAUCAAUAUGAGGCAGAUCUUUAAGCUCCACGGUCUGCCUGACCAGGAUUUACUUGGCAAGGGAACGAAAGUGGAUCGCUUUUUCAUUUUUGACCAGUCAAACCAAACUUGGAGGUUUAAAACACCACAGGAGUAUACGGAGACGAUAAUGAUCAAUGCCGACGACUAUGAUAUUGCGUUAGACUCUAUCGAUGACUUCUUAACGAUUCAUCCAGAAAUACAAGACCCCUUUGAGUUAGAAGAUCUGCAGGCUUUCGUAGACCUCCUGAAAAAGAUGUUUACAGUGAAUCCCUCAGAGCGGAUCACUCCAGAAGAAGCUCUAAAUCACAGAUUUAUAACAAUGAGCCACCUUCCUCCUACCAGCAAUAACUCAUAUGUGAUAUGGGCAUAUAAAAAAAUGAAAGUUUAUCGAAUGGAGAAAGAAGAACCGAGCAUAUCCCCUGAUUUCAAUGUAAGACAGACUGCUGACAGAAAAUCAGAUAUCUUUGAUUUCAGUCCAUCUGAUUAUGAUCUGUCGGACUCAGAUCUCUCUGAAUUAGAAGAUUCUGACUCUGGUCUGUUCGACUCCGGUCUGUCUGACUUUGAUUUAUCAGAUUCUGAUCUGUCUGACUUGGAUACAGAUGAAGAAUCUAAUGAGCCAGCGAACACAUCAGAUUUUCAACUCCUUAAGAUUCAGGAAGCUAAUUUAUCAGAUAUGAAGUUGCACGAUCCAGAACUGGAAGGCAGCAGAAGAGACAGACUAGAUGAAACAUCGUUUGAAUUAUACAAAGAUCAAACAAUCACUGGGGAAUCAGGAGUUUAUAUUAUUCAAAAAUUUCUGGGUCGUGUUGCUUUUGGACAAGUGGUCAAGGGUUUAAAACAGGGGACAGAUGAAGUCGUGGCUCUCAAAUUUAUCCACAAAGACAACAGUGAAUCAGCUACCGCAAAAGCCACUAUAUUGAAACAUCUCAGGGAGCUCCAAGCUGACCAGAAGAACCUGAUCAAGUUAAUCGAUCACUUUGAGUUUAAUGACAGCUUCUGUUUAGUGUUUGAGAUGCUGGAUAUGGACUUAUUUGACUUAAUGGAAAUGAGACAGGAAAAACCACUAGAUGUCAGUGAAGUUCGGGUGGUUGCCCGCGACCUGCUGGUGGGUCUGAACGCACUGAAGAAUGCUGGAGUGACUCACGCAGAUAUAAAACCAGACAAUAUUAUGCUGGUUAAUCAUCAGUCGCAGCCUUUCAGAGUCAAGCUGAUAGAUUUUGGGGUUUCUAUGGAAACACACAAACUAUGGCGUUGUGAUACCAUACAGGUGUGUGGUUUCAGAGCACCAGAGGUGAACUUAGGUCUCCCUCUGACUGAAGCCGUUCACAUGUGGGCUGUUGCCUGUACACUGGCCUUCAUCUUUCUUGGAGAUUAUAUUCACAAUACUAUUUGUGAGUUUAUCAAUAUGAGGCAGAUCUUUAAGCUCCACGGUCUGCCUGACCAGGAUUUACUUGGCAAGGGAAAGAAAGUGGAUCGCUUUUUCAUUUUUGACCAGUCAAACCAAACUUGGAGGUUUAAAACACCACAGGAGUAUACGGAGACGAUAAUCAUCGAUGGCGACGACUAUGAUAUUGCGUUAGACUCUAUCGAUGACUUCUUAACGAUUCAUCCAGAAAUACAAGACCCCUUUGAGUUAGAAGAUCUGCAGGCUUUCGUAGACCUCCUGAAAAAGAUGUUUACAGUGAAUCCCUCAGAGCGGAUCACUCCAGAAGAAGCUCUAAAUCACAGAUUUAUAACAAUGAGCCACCUUCCUCCUACCAGCAAUAACUCAUAUGUGAUAUGGGCAUAUGAAAAAAUGAAAGUUUAUCGAAUGGAGAAAGAAGAACCAAGCAUAUCCCCUGAUUUCAAUGUAAGACAGACUGCUGACAGAAAAUCAGAUCUCUUUGAUUUCAAUCCAUCUGAUUAUGAUCUGUCGGACUCAGAUCUCUCUGAAUUAGAAGAUUCUGACUCUGGUCUGUUCGACUCCGGUCUGUCUGACUUUGAUUUAUCAGAUUCUGAUCUGUCUGACUUGGAUACAGAUGAAGAAUCUAAUGAGCCAGCGAACACAUCAGAUUUUCAACUCCUUAAGAUUCAGGAAGCUAAUUUAGCAGAUAUGAAGUUGCACGAUUCAGAACUGGAAGGCAGCAGAAGAGACAGACUAGAUGAAACAUCGUUUGAAUUAUACAAAGAUCAAACAAUCACUGGGGAAUCAGGAGUUUAUAUUAUUCAAUCAUUUCUGGGUCGUGUUGCUUUUGGACAAGUGGUCAAGGGUUUAAAACAGGGGACAGAUGAAGUUGUGGCUCUCAAAUUUAUCCACAAAGACAACAGUGAAUCAGCUACCGCAGAAGCCACUAUAUUGAAACAUCUCAGGGAGCUCCAAGCUGACCAGAAGAACCUGAUCAAGUUAAUCGAUCACUUUGAAUUAAAUGACAGCUUCUGUUUAGUGUUUGAGAUGCUGGAUAUGGACUUAUUUGACUUAAUGGAAAUGAGACAGGAAAAACCACUAGAUGUCAGUGAAGUUCGGGUGGUUGCCCGCGACCUGCUGGUGGGUCUGAACGCACUGAAGAAUGCUGGAGUGACUCACGCAGAUAUAAGACCAGACAAUAUUAUGCUGGUUAAUCAUCAGUCGCAGCCUUUCAGAGUCAAGCUGAUAGAUUUUGGGGUUGCUAUGGAAACACACCAACUAUGGCGUUAUGAUACCAUACAGGUGUGUGGUUUCAGAGCACCAGAGGUGAACUUAGGUCUUCCUCUGACUGAAGCCAUUGACAUGUGGGCUGUUGCCUGUACACUGGCCUUCAUCUUUCUUGGAGAUUAUAUUCACAAUCCUAUUUGUGAGUUUAACAAUAUGAGGCAGAUCUUUAAGCUCCACGGUCUGCCUGACCAGGAUUUACUUGGCAAGGGAACGAAAGUGGAUCGCUUUUUCAUUUUUGACCAGUCAAACCAAACUUGGAGGUUUAAAACACCACAGGAGUAUACGGAGACGAUAAUGAUCGAUAGCGACGACCAUGAUGUUGCGUUAGACUCUAUCGAUGACUUUUUAACGAUUCAUCCAGAAAUACAAGACCCCUUUGAGUUAGAAGAUCUGCAGGCUUUCGUAGACCUCCUGAAAAAGAUGUUUACAGUGAAUCCCUCAGAGCGGAUCACUCCAGAAGAAGCUCUAAAUCACAGAUUUAUAACAAUGAGCCACCUUCCUCCUACCAGCAAUAACUCAUAUGUGAUAUGGGCAUUUGAAAAAAGGAAAGUUUAUAUAAUGUAGGAAGAAGAAACAAGCGGCCCGUCACCUGAUUUCAUCGUGGGACAGACCGCUGACAACAAACCAAAUCUCUUUGAUCUGAAUCUGUCUGAUCACAAUCUGUCAGACUCAGAUCUCUGUGAAUUAGAAGAUUCUAACUCUGAUCUGUCUGACUUAGAUACUGACGAGCCAGUGAACACGUGAGAAUUGGAUGUUGACAAGUUUCAGAAAGCUGAUUUAUCAAACUUUAAGCAGUACGAUUCGGAACUGGAAGCCAGAUGAAGAGACAGCCUAGAUGAAAUGUCAUUUGAAUUAUACAAAGAUCAGACAAUCCCUGGGGAUCCAAGAGUUUAUGUUAGUCAAUAUUUUCUUAGAUAAGUUUAUUUAGACAAGUGGUCAAGGGUUUAAAACAGGGGGCAGAUGAAGUCGUGGCUCUCAGAUGUGUCCACAAAGACAACACGGGAGCAGCUACCAGAGAAGCCACUAUAUUAAAACAUUUCAGGGAGCUCCAAGCUGACCAGAAGAGCCUGAUUAUGUCAAUCGAUCACUUUGAAUAUAAUAGGAGUGGCUGGAUAGGCCUAGAAAAAAAUGUGGGGUCUGCACACCAGAUUAGUCAGUGUGUUAGCUCUAGUAGAGUUCAGCCUGUGGCGUUGCAUUGCACGUUCCUUUAUUCUUUCUCAUAAAAAAAAGCAAAAAGUCCAUUACACUCAGAUCAAAAUUGAAGAAUGCAAAAUUAGUUACACUACUGUGGAUACAGAGGAAGAUUCUCAGGAGGAAACUUCAAACUUAGCAUUCAAAGUUUUAACGUUUAGUUUUAGCGUUUAGUGUUAGCGUUUAAUUUUAGCGUUUAGUGUUAGCGUUUAGUUUUAGCAUUUAGUGUUAGCGUUUAGUUUUAGCGUUUAGUGUUAGCGUUUAGUUUUAGCAUUUAGUAUUAGCGUUUAGUUUUAGCGUUUAGUUUUAGCAUUUAGUGUUAGCGUUUAGUUUUAGCGUUUAGUGUAGCGUUUAGUUUUAGCGUUUAGUGUUAGCGUUUAGUUUUAGCGUUUAGUGUUAGCAUUUAGGUUUAGCGUUUAGUUUUAGCGUUUAGUGUUAGCGUUUAGUUUUAGCGUUUAGUGUUAGCGUUUAGUUUUAGCAUUUAGUAUUAGCGUUUAGUUUUAGCGUUUAGUGUUAGCGUUUAGUUUUAGCGUUCUAAAACUGGGUUAGGCCAUAACAGGGUUGGGGUUGGGUUAGUAAUAAAGUAAACGAACAAAAAAAAAAAAAAAUCCUCUACUAUUAAUCGCCACCUUAUCGCGGUGUAGGGGUUUGCGUGCCCUGAUGACCCCAGAAGGUAUGUUGCCUGGGAUUGUUUGUCCCUGUUAGGUUCUGCCAUGGCAACUGGGCUCUGGGUCAGGGGCCAGACUAAGAGCGAUUAAUUAAUUCUUAUUAGGACUACAAAAGCAGUGGAGAAAAACUCUCUCCAAGACUUUUUAAAUGAUUGAGUUUUAGUAGUUACGUAGUUGGUAUAAAAGAAAAGUUUUCACAGAAAAUAUUUUCCGUUAUCUAGAUCAGCGGUUCCCAACUUGACCCUCCAAAGGGGUCCCCACAACUGUGUCUGUGCUGAGGUUGUUGGGUUACAAAGAUUAUUUAUUAUUUGUAAAAAAUUACUUUUCUAAAAUCCCAAUUACACGCCUAAUCAAAAAUAUGUAUAGGAGUUACAACACCGCAUGUCUGUGCAGUUUGUAACUAAUCAUGUGUGAUGUGUGUUUGUAGAUGGGGUUGGGGGGGUCCUGGCUUGUUUUCAACACUGGUACGGGGGUCUUCAUGGUAAACAGUUGGGAACAACUGAUCUAGAUGAAAUAUGGUGUUUACUAAUUUAAAAACUGUAGAAAUUUUAAAGUAGUAUAUUUUAUUCUGAAAGUAUUUACAGGAAGUGCCAAUCAUCUUGUUUAACUUGAUAUAAACGCUGUGGUAACAGCUUCUGUCCGCAGGAGGGCGGAAACAUCCUUCAUCGUGAAAGUCAGACAAUGAAGGGUUUGCUUGUUUCAACCAUCGACAUGUGGUUUCUACCCAGUUGAUCUGAAAAAUUACAUAAAUCCCUUCAGUCAAAUGCUGAUUACAAAUAAACCAAUUAAAAAUCAAUUUAGACAGAAACAUGUAUACAAAAGUAUUUCUAUUUGUUAAUGCUUAUUUUGUGCAUUUGGUUUAGUUUUAUUUCUGAAUUUCAGAGGUUAUUUUUAAAGUUAUUGAUGAAACAAGGACCAGUAAGUAGACUGGAUGCGGUCAAAACUCCAGAAGAUGGCAGUAAUGCAGCUGUGCUGCUAAACAGCUCUUUAAUACCAGGACCAUUUGUCACGGUCCGUGGUGAGCCUCCUGCAUGUAACCUGUUUGUUCUGAGUAUUGUUGUAGGUGGGUGUGUCUGAGAGCCACCAGCUGCAGCUGAUCCCGUCAUCAAGGCCCAGGGGAUUUAAGGAGCAGUGUGAAACUUCACCACGCCGGAUGAUUGCUCAUCUUUGGGUUUCACUCCACCAUCUCAAUACCAGCUCGGAUUCCUGCACUUCAUCUCAUGCUGUCUCCUCCCCUGGCCGCCCGCUCUCAGCCGCUCACCUGCACCCACCAAGCCUCUGCUCCUACCUCCUCUCAUAUUCGACAGCCCCUCCUCCUUCUGGAGCCUUCCUGCUCACCUGGACCUGACCUAGCCCUUCCAGAGGCUCUCACCACUAUCUACAUCAAAUCCUCUCCUGGAGCCUUGCUGCCAGCCUGCACGUCGCCUGUUCCCGUUCCUCUGAUUUAAUAAUAAAGAACGUUUUACUUA